UAGCUUAAAUUUGAAGCAGUUUUUGACAGUUUUUUUAGCGUAAAUUUGAAGCAGUAUAAAGUACUAUUUAUUCAACACUCAGCAGUGACCGAAUAGACCAAACUCUUCUUCUUCAUCUUCCUUCGGUUCCUACUUCCUACCAUUGCUAGUGCAAAAAUGUCACAAGAAAUUGUUCAUCAGCGCCCUUUGUUUGGGGGAAAAUUAUCAGCCAUGUUCCCUAACAGGUUCCAGGAUGUCAGCAAUAUUCGAGAAGUCCCGGAUCAUCAGGAGGUGUUUGCGGAUCCUAGUCGUGAUGAAAGCUUGAUAGUUGAGCUUUUAGAGUAUAAACCUGAUAUUGCUGAUAAUGAAAGUGCUACAUGGUUUCUUCAAGACCUUGCCAGCGAGCAGGAUGCUGAAGGAACUGUGGUUAUUGAGCAGUCAGGAGUUCUUGAAGCACCUGGUUUGAUGUAUAAUAAUAUACCGGCUGUUGUAACAACUGCAGUAGGUCAAAUGGCGAUUUCUAAGGGACGACAAGGAAGGGAAGCACAAAAUAUUGUCAAAGUUUAUUUGGCAAACUUGCGUAUUAAAGGAGUUGAUACUGAUGUACUAAUCACUGCAUAUGAGCCCAUUGUUAUCAACCCUUUUAGUGAAAGUGCGGACACGGUUGGUGCCGGCAUGGCUGUUCCUGCUGCACAAGCUGGAUGUAUGUCAAUGGAUGAGGUCUUUAAACAUGCUGUUACAAGCUUCAAGGUUUAUGACUGGAGUCUUUUUGUUGCAUCAAGACCCUAGGUGAUGUCUUAAGCAAGUUGAUGUUCAACUAUAUGGAGUUGAAAUCUUGGGAACUUUUAGAAUGAUCAUCAGUUUAGUGAAAUUUUGAACACAGGUGCAAUUUCCUUUUUUUUAGGUUUGGUCUUCCUCAUGGGUUUUUCCUUUGGGCAGAACUUUUUUUUUUCCUUCGUAUUUAUUAGUUCAUCAAAGUGUAGUUGGUAGGGGAUUUUCAGCUAGGAAAUGAGAAUGUUGGUCAGUUUUUCUCUUUAGGAGGUACUGGAUUAGAGUCUGUUCUGGUCCCUUAUGUAUGGUUCAUGGAUUAUUGAGUUUUAGCAAUAUAUAUUUUUAUAUCCAGUUAUAUUUAAA